AUGACCUCCCGUUUGGUCUUGGUCAUUGGUGACCUCUUCAUACCUGAUAGAGCCCCGGAUUUACCGGCUAAGUUCAAAAAGCUCCUUACGCCAGGCAAAAUUGGCCAGAUACUAUGUCUGGGAAACCUGACAGACCGCGAAACGUUUGAUUUUCUCCGCCAGAUUGCUCCCGACCUGCAACUCGUUAAGGGUGACUUCGAUGUCGACUCGCCGAAUCUGCCCCUGUCGAAGGUUAUAACCCAUGGAUCGCUACGUAUCGGCUUUACGCAUGGUCAUACGAUUGUUCCGUCGGGUGAUGCGGAUGCGCUGCUGAUCGCGGCGAGGCAGAUGGAUGUGGAUGUCUUGCUGUGGGGCGGUACACAUCGGUUUGAUGCGUUUGAGGCGGAGGGGAGAUUUUUUGUGAAUCCCGGGAGUGCUACGGGAGCAUUUACAAUGGACGGUGGGGGUGAGGACGUGGUGCCGAGCUUCUGUCUAAUGGAUGUCCAAGGCGACGUGUUGGUGCUCUAUGUCUAUCAGCUACGGACGGAUGAUCAGGGAACUGAGACUGUGUCUGUUGAGAAGAUGUCGUAUCGAAAACCAAGUGUCCAAGCGGCUUGAGUCAGCUCUUUUUUAAUUGCUCUGCUUAAUGUCCUCUACUUUAUGAUCUCUGUGUGCUGCUUGCUUUUACUUUAUAGACUUUUAUGUACAUACAUAAUAACGAAGAAUGGGAGUAUAGGCUUGUGUGA